UGCAAAAUUGAAUGUGAUGUCUCUUCCCGGAGAAGCGAUUCAAGGCUGGAAAGUUUUGGUGUUACGGCCAAAGGAUGCCUUAUCUCCUUUCAUUAGAGCCAUUUUUGUUAUCUCCGCCGUUGCUUCGUUUUCUCUCUUCUUCUACCUAACUUUUUCCGACCAAAACCCCGCCGGCUGCGUCGGCUGCCACGGCGCACUCCGGUAUUCUAAUCACCGGAAAAUCAAGGCGGCUUCUUCCGAUGAAGGCGAAUUACGUGGCACGAAUAUAUCCCAUGUCGUGUUCGGCAUUGGUGGGUCCGUGAUGACGUGGAACGAGCGUCGCCAUUACUGCGAGCUGUGGUGGAAGAAGAACGUUACUCGUGGGUUUGUUUGGCUCGAAGAGAAACCUGCCUUUCCCUGGCCGGAAAACUCCCCGCCCUACCGGAUCUCCGAUGACACCUCCAGAUUCAACUACACUUGUUGGUACGGUUUUCGAUCUGCUAUUCGGGUGGCUAGGAUUAUCAAAGAGACAUUUGAACUUGGGUUGGAGAAUGUGCGAUGGUUCGUGAUGGGGGACGACGAUACGGUCUUCUUCACGGAGAAUUUGGUGGAGUUAUUGGGUAGAUACGAUCACAACCAAAUGUACUACAUCGGAGCUAAUUCUGAGAGUGUGGAACAAGACAUUGUUCAUUCUUACACCAUGGCUUAUGGUGGUGCCGGAUUCGCUAUUAGCUACCCGCUCGCGAUAGAACUGGUCAGAAUUUUAGACGGUUGCAUAAAUCGUUAUGCCGAUAUGUCCGACCAAAAAAUUCAAGGCUGCCUGAGUGAGAUUGGUGUCUCCGUCACCAAAGAGCUUGGAUUCCACCAGGUGGAUAUUAGAGGAAACCCAUACGGGCUAUUAGCAGCCCAUCCAGUAGCGCCAUUAGUGUCGCUCCACCACCUGGAUUACGUGCAGACCAUAUUCCCGGCCAUGUCGCAGCCCGACUCGCUCAAGAGGCUCUACAGCGCCUACAAAACGGACCCGAGUCGAGCCCUUCAGCACACCUUCUGCUACGACGCGGCUCGUAACUGGUCCGUUUCGGUCUCGUGGGGCUACACGGUUCAGCUAUAUCCAUGGCUCGCCACCGCCAAGGACCUGGAGACGCCAUUUCUCACGUUCCAAACGUGGAAGACGUCCAGCAAUGAGCCCUUCGCAUUCGAUACCCGACCCGUCAGUUCUGACCCGUGCCAAAGACCCAUUUUGUUUUUCUUGGACGCGGCGGACCGAUUGGACGGCCGGCGGACGGUGACGAGGUACCGGAGAUACGUUGAGGAGGUUGACAAGGAGUGUGAGCGGUCGGAUUACGUUCCGGCGUUGGGUGUUCGGUUUUUCGACGUCUCCGCCCCGGAGUUCGACCGCCGUCUCUGGAGACAGGCGCCACGUAGACAGUGCUGCAAUGUCUUCCAUAGUGAGAAUACAAUGGUGGGUACAAUCGAAGUCCAUAUUAGAGAUUGCAAUCUGUUUGAAAGUGUUACACCUCCCUAA